GCUCCCCAGCUCCAGUGGUUCCUGGUGCUCCCCUGAGGGAACAGGACUGGGUUAUUCUAAAAUCAUUCUCAGCCUGAUUUCAGCAUCUUUCCCCUGGGCCUCUCAAAAACGCAGCUCGGCGCCACGCUCUGCUUCCUGCUCCAGAUGGGCGGAAGAUGUAUGUGCAGCGAGAUUUCAGAGUCUGCAGCUGGAGCGGGAGAUGUGCUUGGCGUCAAACUGCACCCUGGCCAGGGUGAACCUGUCCCUGCGCCCGCGGCUGGAGGAUGGGAAGGCUUCCCUAGCCAUCAAGUACCAGGAGCUGCGGGAGAUCCGAGAGGCAUGUUGGGACAAGCAGCAGCGCCUGGAUGCAUACCUGGAGAAAUGGAGCCCGCAGAGCGCCCUGGGCCACCUCCAAGCCAAGCUCGAUGUCUCCGAGGCAGAGUCAGAGGCACAGAUAGAGCAGUUCCUGGCCCAGGACCUGCCCCUCGAUUCUUUUCUGGAUUCCUUCUGCCAGAGCCGCACACGCUCCUACGUCUGCCGGACACAGCUGGAGAAACUGGAGGAGCUGCUGCAGAAGGGCCAGGUGGGCAGGGUCCCUGUGGGCCCCAUGGGGCACCCAGGUGCCGUGGCUAGCCCAGCACAAGCCCGCCUUGCCCCAUUACGGAGUGGAGUAGCCCCCAAAGCCUUUGAUCUCUCUUACGGCUUUGUGCCCGCCUUUCUCAUCCCCUCGGAGGCCGUUGUGCCUUUUGCCAUGCCAGCUGCAAUGCCCAGACACCAUCUCCCAGCCCUGGGACACCAGCCGUCAUCUCCCUGCUCUGAAAUCUCCAGCCCGGGCUCACCCCUGUGUCUCAUCAGACACAUCCCCCUGCUCAGCCCCCAGCCCUUCCGCAGGCAGCAGCGGCUGCGACACCAGAAGCAAGAGCCUCCGCACCGGUAGCAGGGCAGGGACAAGGGAUAUCCCUGCUCCUGGCCUUGUGCCUCCACAGGGGCUGCACAGGAAUGCCCUGGCCAGGGAGCAUGGGGGGUGAGUGCGCGGUGCAGGCUCAGCUCCAAGGGGCUGCGGUGGCUCUCAGACAGGUACAGGGGUGGCUGCUCACAGGGGGGUGGAGAUGCUUGGCCAGGGGUGGGAUGGGGCAAGUGCUGUGACAGCAGGUCCUGCGCCUGGGGAGCUGCUGGGUGAGAAGGUCUCUGCAUCCACAGCAAAAGGGACAGGAGGUGGGGGUGCGUUAUUUGUCGGGAUGUUAGUGGGCUCAAUUGGGUGGGAGAUAGCAGGGAAGAGGGCCCAGGAGCACUGGGUGCCACGCGCUUUCUAAAUAAAGGCUCUUUUCCAUUCUCUGUGUUA